CUGAUAUAAAUACAUCGAGAAUCAUCGCUCUGUUCGCUCUUUCGGAACCAAUCCACUCCUCUCAGGUCGAAGCUUCACUCACUAGACUACCAUAUAUACUCUAUAUAAUAGUUGGGAAGCCUCCAUCUGAGGACAGCGGCCAUUAUGUUUUCUGUUAAGAGCCUUUUCGCCAGCCUGCUUCUCCAAGCAUCGCUUGGGCUCGCUAGCCCAGCCUCUGAAGUUGAAGCGCGAGCGACUCCCUUCCAGAACACCGUCUACUUCACCAACUGGGGUAUCUAUGGGAGAAAUUAUCACGCGGCUCAGCUUCCCGUCUCUCAGAUCAACCAGGUCCUCUACUCGUUCGCCAAUCUGCGAGCCGACGGAACUGUCUAUGCGUCAGAUACGUGGUCUGAUAUCGACAAGCACUAUGACGGCGACUCCUGGAACGACGUUGGAGUCAAUGCCUAUGGUAGCGUGAAGCAGCUGUACAAGCUGAAGAAGGAAAACCGGCAUCUGAAGGUCCUCCUCAGUAUCGGAGGGUGGACUUAUUCCACCAACUUCGCGGGUGCCGCCAGCACGGAGGCCACCCGGGCUAACUUCGCCAGUACUGCCGUGACCUUGAUCAAGGACUGGGGCUUCGACGGUAUCGACGUUGACUGGGAGUACCCCGCCGACGAGACCCAGGCUAACAACUUCAUCGCUCUCCUCCGAGCGAUCCGUAACGAGCUCGACUCGUACUCGCAACAAUACGCUAACGGAUAUCACUUCCUCCUGACAGCCGCCGUUCCCGCCGGCCCCGACAACUACAACAAGCUUAAGCUGAGUGAGAUGGCGCCCCUGCUCGAUUAUUUCAACCUGAUGGGUUACGACUACGCCGGAUCCUGGGAUAGCACCUCGGGCCACCAGGCUAACCUGUACCCCAACCCGAACAACCCGACGUCCACGCCCUUCUCCACCGAGGCAGCUGUCAACGCUUACAUCAACGGUGGUGUUCCCGCUUCCAAGAUCGUCCUCGGCAUGCCCCUAUACGGCCGUUCCUUCCAAGCUACUGAUGGCAUCGGCAAGUCGUACUCCGGCAUCGGCCAGGGCUCCUGGGAGCAGGGUGUCUGGGACUACAAGGUGCUUCCCCGUGCCGGCGCUACUGAGCAGUACGACAGCGUUGCCGGCGCGACCUAUAGCUAUGACGCCAGUUCCCGAGAGCUCAUUAGUUACGACAACGUCGACAUGAUCGGACGCAAGGUAUCCUACCUGCAGAACAAGGGUUUGGGCGGCUCCAUGUUCUGGGAGGCGUCUAGCGACCGCACUGACUCCGGUAGCUUGAUCGCUACCGCCUUCAACACCCAGGGUGGCGCUGGCUCGCUCGACCGGUCCGAGAACCUGCUGAGCUACCCCAACUCCCGGUACGACAACAUCCGGAGCAACCUCAACUAGGCAAUGCAAAGUCGGCCUCGGGUCUUGCUCUGACUCACAACGCGGCGAUCAUCCAGAUAGGAGGCCGGCGCUCCAUCUCGGAAGACUGUCACUAUCAUGUACUUGUGUAC